AUGGAACGCGUCCUUUGGUUUCUACUCUUUAAUCACUGUUUUGUAACCUUCGUAUGUGGAUAUACGUUAACUGAUGAACAGAAUUUACACACUGCUCUCCUGACGGGAUACAACAAGGACAUACGCCCCGGCACGGAUAGAAGUAACACUCUGGUCAUAAACGCUUCCUUCCUUUUGUUAUCUAUCAACGAAUUCGAUUUAAAUGCAGGGAAAUUAUCCCUCACUGGUGUCUUCGCCAUAAGUUGGUUUGAGGAGAGAUUUGCUUGGAAUCCAGCCACGUAUAACGCAUUAGAAAUGACUGCGAUUCCACAGACAAAGCUAUGGCUACCUAAUUUUAUCAACACCAAUCCUUAUGAAGAUAUUCGGGGACUGGGCAGUGACCUGCUUACAGUUGAUGUGUUUUACACAGGAAAAUGUACCUGGUUUCCUUUGCAAGCAUACAAAGUAAUAUGUGAUGCUGAUGUCACAAAUUUUCCUUUUGAUACCCAGAAAUGUUUUAUGAAGUUCUUCAUUUUUGGUUAUCAGCCUAAUGCUGUAAAUGUUAAAUUCACAUCACCGCGCGUCGAUUUUGACUUAUAUUCCGAAAAUGGAAUAUGGGAGAUCUUGAAUUCCGAAACGUACUCGGUGUUAAACAUUUAUGGACUUGAGGACAUUUUUGUAGUAUUGCAUCUAAAAAGAAGAACAGCUUACUACAUAGUUAGCCUGAUUUUACCAAUAUCAGCAUUCUCGCUUUUAAUGGGAUUCGUUUUUCUUCUGCCGAACGAAUCAGGUGAAAGGCUGGGUUUUUCCACCACGGUUCUGUUAUCCAUAGUUGUUUAUCUAACGAUCAUCCAGGAUAUGUUACCAGCAGUAUCCGAACCCAACGUAUCCAUAUUAAGUUACAUGCUAGUGACGUAUGUGGUGAGCGGGGCUCUUGUAGUUGUCUUCGUCAUCAUAAGUUCCCGGAUUCAAUCAUGUCCCCAUGAGAAGCCUGUCCCUCGAUGUCUAGCUCGACUAGUAAUAUGUUUUCGAAAGAAAAGAACGGAAAUUGACGUCGUGGAAAAUCUCCAAACGAAGAGUGAGAUGACUGACGAUUAUGACGUCAGCUGGACAGACGUGGGAAGAGUGUUCGAUAUGACCUGUUUUAUCUUAUCAGCAGUUCAAUUUAUAGUCGCCAGUGUAACCUAUUUUCUGCUUGUGGCCAAAUAG